GAUCUCAAUGCGCGUGCCUCCACAGUGACCAGUACUACUUUGCGACUUGGCUUCAGCUGCAUAUAUGACCAGUAACCCCCCUUCAUCACCGGCAGGGUCUGUUUCAAACUUUUCAGGGACUGCGUCGCAGCAGCCGACUCCUGCGAGUCAUCCAACCUCUGGGCCCCCGUUGCAGACGCAACCAUCUACCCACCAGCAGAAUCUGCAAUAUGCACAGGCUCAACCGCAUACGCAAACAACGCCGGUAGCACGACAGAACCCUGCCCAGACAUAUUACACGGUGGGAUACCCACCAGGCAAUUGGCAAAAUACGGCUUGGCAACUCUCUGGCUACCCCUACGCUACCACCGGGAGCACUCCCUACCAACAGACACACUACGCUCAGAUUCCAUACACCCAGUACCAGUCGUAUCAGCACGCUCCUACGGCCCGCCAGCGCACGAAGUUGCAGCCCAAACUGAGGACUCCAACUCCUGAGCCUACAUAUCGACAUUGGGACGAGGUUAUACGUGCAUUUUUAAACAACGUAGGACUAAACCAGGCACUCAAAGGUUUUGAGGAUGACAUGGUUGUCAUGAAUGAAGAUUGGGAAAGGAAGGUUGUGCCUGGGGCAAUUGGGGACCUGGUGCGGGACAUGAUGACCUUGGGGAAAUACAAGGAUGGAGAGAAACCGCAAGAGCGUCCUUUGGAAGAUCGGAAAUUGGAUUAUAUUCACUUAAGCAGCGGCCAGCAACCUCGCUCUCAGAGCACAAUCACAAAGUCGGUUUCGCAGUUCCUUGCCGAAAACCGCGCAAAGAACGAUGCCUCCAAUCGCUCUGAAUUUCUCCAGUCCGUCGCGGAGAAGCGCCGUCGACUUAAUAUUGGUGAGGAUGUCGAUGAGGCAAUCCCAUCUUGUGCGCGAACGGAUAUGAAGCAACUUGACCGUGAAGUGCAUAUGAAAUACGAUAUUGCGAGAAAUGAGGACGGCCCGUUACGUAGGACGGUGCAGGGAGUCAACAGAAAGGAGACGCAAGAGAAACUAGUUGCCCUUGCAGACGAUUCAGAGAGCAAGGAUCAUCCAGCGCUCGACGAAAGACUAAAGAACAUCGAAGCUCAUUUGGCUGUGCGUUAUGUACCUGCAUCUCCGCGCAAUUUGCUUUCCCGCUUGCAAUUCUUGGAGGAUCAUAUCAUACAGCUUGAGAAGGAGUACCCGCCGUGGGCAGCAUUACACUUUAAUCAACCCCACCGCGAGUGGCCUCCGCCUCCACGCCAGACCCCGAUAAUCGUGCCCUCACACCUUACCACGCAAGAGGCACUUGUCGAGUCGACCACAGUACAAUACGCGGCCUCAGGUUCUGCUACGCUUUCGGACGAACCUUCGACCAGCCUUGCAAAGGCAAGAGCAAAAAAUAAAUCGAGUCUGCACCGUGCUGUAAUGGAGAAACUCGAAGUACAGAGAGCGAUGAGUGACUUGGCUGGACUAAAAAAGGGUGGAUAAAACAAUCCUUUCUGAAGCCCGAAACGUGAAAAUGAAAUUUCCCGGAAGAUUCGCACUCGAUCUCCGAUCUCCUUUGCGGGGGAUGCACCCAUCACCUUUUGGAAUAUCCAAUCCUUUCAGCGGGGGCUGAUGCUGUCGAGCGAUCAAGCCGUUGCCGUGACCGCGCCUUCCCAUAGAUCCGUCGGGAUAUUGGUACCUGGGUCAAGCCAACAUUACUUACGAAAAAUGAAAUGCCCGCCCUGUCGCAAGUGUAAGGUUUAGUGUGGUCUGACGAACGACCACAAAACGAUAUAGCCUUGUAUGGAAGUAUUGUGGUUGGUGGACUAAUACACCUGCAGAGUGUCAUUACUGGUACUUCUGAAUGACUUUGGUUACUAACGCG